CACGCGAUCACUUAUAUAGUGCAAAGCGACACUUUACAACUGAAAACUUGUGCCCUAGCCCUACUGCCGCUGCUCAGACUACUACUGUGCGCAUUGUGCAAGUUAACUAGCCACGAUGUCUUUCGCCACGCGGCCUGAAGCUUUGGCCACAAAGGCUGGUCGCCGUGCUUUCGCGCGCAACACGGAGGCUCUGCGCUCGCAGCUGCUGGGCGUACCCAAGCGCCCUAGCCGUGUUACCGCAAAGUUCUCUGCCAAGCAGCUCUCAGACAACCUUGCAUCGGAGCUGGUAGCUAAGCUGCCAAAGGCUGCGCUCGCCUCCCUGCUUUCGCUCUCCACCGCUGGCGUGGCCUCAGCUGCAGACUACUACGCGCCCCCAACGGACAGCAACACCACAACCACCGUUACCCAGGCGCCGCAGUCUAUUCAGUUCUCGUCUUCCGCUCCUCUGGUUGCGCCCGAGGUUCGCUCGGAGUACCAGCUGCCCGAGGGCAACCAGUGGCGCUAUUCUGAAUUUGUCAAUGCCGUAGAGGCCGGCAAGGUGGAGCGCGUGCGUUUCUCCAAGGACGGUUCGCAGCUGCAGCUCACCGCUGUGGAUGGCCGCCGUGCCACCGUUGUCCUGCCAAACGACCCUGAGCUCGUUGACAUCCUUGCAAAGAAUGGCGUUGACAUUUCCGUUUCGGAGGGCGAUCAGCAGGGCAACUACGUUGCGUUGCUGGGCAACAUCCUGUUCCCUCUCAUCGCCUUCGGAGGCCUCUUCUUCCUCUUCCGCCGAAGCCAGAACGGCGGUUCGGGCGGGCCCAUGGGCCCGAUGGGCGGUGCCAUGGACUUUGGUCGCUCGAAGAGCAAGUUCCAGGAGGUCCCGGAAACUGGCGUUGUGUUUGACGAUGUCGCGGGUUGCGACGGCGCAAAGCUGGAGCUGCAGGAGGUGGUGGACUUCCUGAAGAACCCGGACAAGUACACCGCACUGGGCGCAAAGAUCCCCAAGGGAUGCCUGCUGGUUGGUCCCCCCGGCACCGGCAAGACGCUGCUUGCCAAGGCGGUGGCGGGUGAGGCUGGGGUGCCCUUCUUCUCCUGCGCCGCCUCGGAGUUCGUGGAGGUGUUUGUGGGAGUGGGCGCCUCGCGCGUGAGGGAUCUGUUUGAGAAGGCCAAGUCCAAGGCCCCGUGCAUCAUCUUCAUCGAUGAGAUCGACGCCGUGGGUCGCCAGCGCGGUGCCGGCAUGGGUGGCGGCAACGACGAGCGCGAGCAAACCAUCAACCAACUGCUAACGGAAAUGGACGGCUUCGAGGGCAACACGGGGGUGAUUGUGCUGGCCGCCACCAACCGCCCCGACGUGCUGGACCAGGCGCUGCUGCGGCCGGGGCGCUUCGACCGCCAGGUUACCGUGGACCGGCCUGACGUGCAGGGCCGUGUGGCCAUCCUGAAGGUUCACAGUCGCGGCAAGGCGCUGGGCAAGGAUGUGGAUCUGGAGAAGAUCGCUCGGCGCACGCCGGGGUUCACAGGCGCGGACCUGCAGAACCUGAUGAACGAGGCCGCCAUCCUGGCCGCCCGCCGCAACCUGCAGGAGAUCAGCAAGGAGGAGAUCGCGGACGCGCUGGAGCGCAUCAUCGCGGGGCCGGAGAAGAAGGGGGCGGUCAUGAGCGAGAAGAAGCGGCGGCUGGUGGCGUACCAUGAGGCGGGUCAUGCUAUCGUGGGCGCCCUCAUGCCCGAGUACGACCCCGUCACCAAGAUCUCCAUCGUGCCGCGUGGUGCCGCGGGCGGCCUCACCUUCUUCGCUCCCUCGGAGGAGCGGCUGGAGAGCGGUCUGUACUCGCGCACCUACCUGGAGAACCAGAUGGCGGUGGCGCUGGGCGGGCGCAUUGCGGAGGAGCUGAUCUUUGGGGAGGACGACAUUACCACGGGCGCCUCGGGUGACUUCCAGCAGGUCAGCCGCAUCGCGCGCCUGAUGGUGACCCAGCUGGGGUUGUCCAAGCAGCUGGGGCAGGUGGCCUGGUCCAGCAGCGGGGGAGCGCAGUUCCUGGGGGCGCAGGCGGCGCAACCCGCGGACUUCUCUCAGGCCACCGCGGAUGAGAUCGACAACGAGGUGAAGCAGCUGGUGGAGCGGGCCUACCGUCGCGCCAAGGACCUGCUGGUGUCCAACAUUGACAUCCUGCACAAGGUGGCGGCGGUGCUGAUUGAGAAGGAAAACAUCGACGGCGACGAGUUCCAACAGAUUGUGCUGGCCAGCGCGGCUCGGCAGUACACCAAGACGGAUGCACCAGGGGUGAGCAUCCCCUACCAGGCGACGGCGUGAGCUGAUAAGCAGGGAGGGAGGGAGAGGAGCAGGGAAAGUACAUGAGGGAAAGGGACGAGAAAAGAGGAAGAAGGGGGGGUAACGCCUGAGCGAAAGGGGUGAGGACGGAGAGUGGGAUAUGGAGCGGCGUCGUUGUUGAGGGGUCGUCGUCGUGCGAGGAUUUUGAGGAGUUGAGAGGAAGAAGAAAGACAAGAGGUGAGGGCAGUGGAAGUUGGAGGGUGAGGAGAAGGUGAUAAGGGAGAAGGCUGCAUCCCCGAAGAGAAAAAAAGACGGAAAAGCCUGUAGUAAGAGCUGCUUAGCGUGUGUUGUGUACUUGUGUUGUUGGUGUGUGCAGGCGUGUACCAUUCGCGUGUGUGCUUGCUUUCGUUUCUCCUUUCAUUCCGCGGCACGUCCUGGAGGACGUGAGGAGUAGCGGCAGCGGUUUGCUCUGUAAGGAACGAUUCUCGUUGUUAGAGAGGGGCCGAGAUGGAUGGUAACGCGAGCCAAGUGUUGUGGUAUUUAGCCCCCGUGUGGCAUGAUGGCACCUACCCGUUAAAUCCCCCCGCACGUACGGCUCGUGUUACAUCUCUCCCAUGUAUUGUACUAUCAUGACCCAUAUAUCUUUAUUGCAACAGCUACAAGGCGUUUGAACUGUCGUUGCUCUUGAGACAGCAUAUACGUUGUCUGCGGUUUGUUUGUUGGUUGAAAGCCGCAACAUGCUUUAAAUGUGUGGGAGAAAUGUCGUGCGUAGCUAAGCUCAUUUUGCAUGGAUGUGAAGGGCUUUCACUUGCGAGUGAUGUGCGGCGCCGGAUUUGUACGGUUGGAUGGAAGGCUGACACAGACAGGUAUGAAGGUUGAAUAGAAGACAUGUUCAUAUGCUACAACAAGAUACUCUGCAGGCAUACAGUGCAGUGCAAUUUAACACAUCUGCAUGCACGCAUAUACACAACAGCAUGCGAUGUAAGGGCAGUUGGGUGCCA